AUGGCUGUGGUUGCUAAGGCCAGCAUCCCUGAAGAAGUGCUCAGAGGAGCACUACCCCCUGAGGCAGAGCACAGCUUCAAGCUGGUCCUUGACUGGAGAAAACCAAUGACGCUAUCGAACGGUGCCAAGAAUCCACCUGCUAACCUCCUCCACCAUUACGGCUGGCAAUCAAUGGACGAGGUUGUUUGUAGAGAUGGAAAAACACAGAAGCCUUUUUGGGGAUCUUUGGCAAAGCAGAAACGGGGGGAGAAGACGUGGGAUUCACAUCAUUUUGAACAGACACGGAAAGCUUCAAACAUACCUCAAAUCAGCUAUGCAUCCACAGCCCCAGAGCUGAGUGAUAACACCAGGUAUGACUUCUUCUCUCGCGUGGUCCCCCCCGACUCUUACCAAGCGCAAGCCAUGGUGGACAUCGUGACGGCCCUGGGGUGGAAUUAUGUGUCGACCCUGGCUUCCGAGGGCAACUACGGAGAGAGCGGCGUGGAGGCCUUCACGCAGAUCUCCAGGGAGAUAGGUGGUGUUUGCAUUGCUCAAUCACAGAAAAUCCCACGUGAACCAAGACCUGGAGAAUUUGAAAAAAUUAUCAAGCGCCUGCUAGAAACACCUAAUGCUCGGGCAGUGAUUAUGUUUGCCAAUGAAGAUGACAUCAGGAGGAUAUUGGAAGCAGCGAAAAAAUUAAACCAAAGUGGGCAUUUUCUCUGGAUCGGCUCAGAUAGCUGGGGCUCCAAAAUAGCACCCGUUUAUCAGCAGGAGGAGAUUGCAGAAGGGGCUGUGACAAUUUUGCCCAAAAGAGCAUCAAUUGAUGGAUUUGAUCGAUACUUUAGAAGCCGAACUCUUGCCAAUAAUCGACGAAAUGUAUGGUUUGCAGAAUUCUGGGAGGAGAAUUUUGGAUGCAAGUUAGGAUCACAUGGAAAAAGGAACAGUCACAUAAAGAAGUGCACAGAUGACAUGAUUGUGUACAUAGAAACAUCUAUGGGAUUUAAAAGUUUCUAA